UGGUUGAGGUUAAACCGUCAUUCUUGUGCCAUUUUGGCUCAAGAAUGACAGCAGCGAUCCCCUUUUGAUGAAUUUGCCAUGUACCUCGAGAUUGUGAUCGUGGUUUCGUUGGUCACUGGCAUUUUCCUAGGGCUGCUGUUUGCUUGGUGCUGUUGUUCAUCUCCGCGAAAGGCGGCGCCAGGAAGCACAUUGGCUCCGGCCUUGAUUGGCCCUCGGGACUUCCCUGGCCUUACGCGUGGCAAGACAAUUGUUACCCACCGACGUUGAACUCGCUGGUCUUCGGUCGAUUGCCGAUGUUCGCACCUGGGUUGGCUUGGGAGAUGCACCAUGGCAAGCUAUGUCAGACUGCCUAGGUGGGGUGGACAACCUUCGGGUGCUGGCUUCGCUUCCAGCCGCGACAUUGCAUCCGGCAUUUGAGAGGGCGCGAAUUCCCGCCACAGCUUUGGCAGAACGGGUGUAUGCAGCUGUGGAGAUCAUUCAGAUUGGGUUGGUGUGGCGCAUUUCUAGACAGGCAUAUGCCCUUCCUGACAUUGACCCUCUUGUUCCUGAGUCCGCUCAUGUUUCAAGUGCAGCAGCUGCAGGGUUUGCAACACCUGCCUCUAUUCGUACGACUGGUUCACCAACAAAGCGUGUGAAGAUGUCGACUGCUGUUGACCAACUCGAUGAAUCAGAAGUUGAUUUGUUGGAUGGCAGUGAGAUUGAGCAGUCGUAUGGGAAUUUUAGAGAAGCAGUUGGGGCUGACCCUUUGGUUGAUGCUGAUCCUACGGUUGAGCAAAUUACAGCUAUGCACACCAAAGUGCUGAAGAGAAAUGAAGCUCCCUAUGCAGAUUUCUCAGCCCUCUGUUUCUAAGAGUUUUCUGCCAGCAGGGGCGUGCAGCAUCUGUGGUCCACUGCACUCAACGAAGCUACGACCACAGAUGGGAAGGGAUCAAGGACGCUUGAUCCUGUACCUGCUGACCAACGCACUGACUCCAAUGGUCCACCCUGUCGCUGUCUUUUUGUUUCUAUGGUUCUUGCAUGAUACUUCCCCCAAACCCUUUCUUCCAGCUGAGCCGCGCUGACGUUUGCCACCGCCGUUUUUCGUGAGCUGCAGAUGUGCGCAAACCAUUUUUUGAAACACCUUCAAGUACUUGGACGCUUCACCUUUCCGUUGAGUCAGCCACUCUUUUCUUCGGGGAAUUGAUGUAACUGCAAACCCAUUGUCUAAGUGUGUGUUGACUGCCGCCUUCAUUAUAUAUUCAGCUUGUUUUGAUUGUGUUGAGCUUUGCUGCUUGGCCCCAGGCGUUGGCGAUGUUGUUGGGUUGCUGCUCCCAGUACAAAUCUGGCACCACGGUGGAAUGAAGGCAGUUUCACUCAUACCGUGCUGCAGUUUAGCCAGCUGCUCCCUUCAUCAACACGAGGAAGACUUGUUGGAGUUGGCUCUAGAGUGCUUAAUGCCGCAA